CAGCCACAGGGCAGUCCACACGCCAAUUACAAUCCGGAAAAUAUUUACGAAGCCGUAAAAAAGAGAUUUGCCCCAGAGUCAAUUGCGGCAUGUUCAAAGCGUCGCAGGAGAUGCGACUGAAUACCAAUUCAGCGGCCUCUGCCUCUCUGGUUGCGAGUGCCAGUGGUGGGCUGGAGGGGCCGUGUGCGGAGAAAGAUGGUAUUUUUGGGCGCUACCAGCGCACGCCCGACGCUGGUGAGUCGACCGAUGAGGAAGUAAACAUCGAUGCGAGGCGUCUAUUUAUAUUCUCCCCCGCAGAUGCGUAUCCCACGGAGCCGCCGCGAGUCUACAUAGCCCCCGAGCUGACCGACGCGAGUCGCGUCCAGUUGCUGCACUUUCCCAGCGGCGCUGUCCGCACCAACAGCUCCGUCAGCUUCAUCCUGAAGCGGAACGGGGUCAAGGGAAACUUUGAUGUGCGGGUGGAGGGUCCCAGCGGCCAGCUGGAGGCUGUGCAGCAGCAGCAGUUGGACCCGGAGCGCUUCCAGAUCGACUGCCAACUAUCCUCCGGUGCAGGACUCUACAAGGUGCACGUCAAAUGCAACUCCGUGUCUCUGCCGCGGUCUCCCUUCAUCAUUGUGGCCAUAGCGGGAGCUACCGAGCUGUCAACAGAUACGAAAUCCAGCAAUCCAGAAGCCGUGCCCAUCAUUCAGUCGGAUGCCAGCAAUGUGCAGAGCCGUGGCCUGGGACUCUCCCACGUGAGCUGUCUGGAGCGGAACGAGUUCACCGUGGACUGCAGCCAGGCCGGCAGCAACAUGCUCUUCGUGGGCAUCUUGGGACCACGGGGCCCCUGCGACGAGUUGCUGGUGAAGCAUUUGGGCCGCAACAUCCAUCGGGUCACGUAUCGAGUGUCGGAUCCUGGGGAUUACAUGCUGGUUGCCAAGUGGGGGGAGCAACACAUACCAGGCUCUCCCUUCAGCCUGGCCACCGAAUAGGAAUGGGGGGAGUACAUCGCAGGAGGAGUAGAAUAAAUGUGAAUAGAUGAAAAUCUGA